AUGCUCCGCCUUCUCGCGCGCUACGACACCGUGUUGCAAACCCACCCACUACCCACAAAGAUGGCGACGGCGGGCCUCCUCUCCACCUCGACCGAUCUGGCCUUGCAGAGUACGGCGGGUGUACCGCCCCUCGAACAGGACCAUCACCGCACAGCGCGGCAGGCGAUUUGGAGCGGUGUGAUCAUGGCGCCAAACUUACACGUUUGGAUGAACGUGCUCGCUCGCAUUCCCUCCUUGUUUUCCAUCCCCGCUCCUCUCCUCCGCCUCGCCGUGGACACCUUCACCUUCAUGCCCGCCUCGCACGUCGCCUACGUCGCCUUUCUCUCGACGGCGGCGCACGGCUCGGCUGCGCACAUUGAAGCCGACAUGCGGGAAAAGCUAGAGCCGCUCCUCCGCGCGGGAUACGCCGUCAUCCCUCCCGUCAUGCUCGUCAACCUGAUGGUGGUGCCACUCAGAUUCCGCGUGCUCUUCAUCAACACUCUGCUGGGCGUGGGAUACGGCAGCUACAUGAACUACGUCAUCAACCGCCGGGCCGCUGCCGCCGUGGAGCCGGAGGCGAAAGAGCGAAUCAGGGCGCUGGCGAGAAGGGUCUCGUACGCGUAG